AUGGAAGGACGGGAUUUCGCUGCUCCGGCGCACCUCAUAUCAGAGCGGGGCGCCCUGGUGCACCGAGCCGCCUCUCGGAUCGCUCCCUCGGGCCACAGCUCUGUGCAGCACGCCGGUCACUUCCCGCCGGGGAAAUACUACCCCUCGCACAUACCAAUGGCUCCCCACUCAGGCAGUGGAUUGAUGGGCAAUUCCUCCGCCUCCUUCAUGGGGACCUUUCUGGCCAGUAGUCUGGGUUCCCCCCCUUCCCACCCGUCUCACCCUUCCCGGCCGCCCUCCUCGCCCUCCUCACCUUCCUUCCGGGGCGGACCCCAUUCCAGCGCCUCCCAAAUCUGGUUCCCCCAUUCGCAUGAAGCUGCUCCAGGGUAUCCUCGAUUCUCAGGGAGUCUGGCCCACACUUUCCUACCCAUGAGCCACUUGGAUCACCAUGCCAACAGUGGAGUCCUCUAUGGGCAACACCGUUUCUAUGACACCCAAAAAGAGAACUUCUAUCUUCGAGGCCUCCCGUCCCAGCCACCUCUCAUCUCGGCCAAUCACAGUCUGCCACCAAUGUCCAGGGCAGGUUCAGGACACUCUCAGGGGUCCUGCAGCAGAGAUAGAGAUCCAGGGGUAGUGGCAGGUCUACAUAAGGGUCUUAAAGAGGGAUCUGUGGAAAGAGGAGUAGUACCUGUCAAGGACAAAGAGAGGUCCAGUAGCAAACAGGAGGCAAAGGAGAGACAGCAGCAGCAACAGCACCACAGUCACCAGCCACCCCAGCCCACACACCACCACCAUUCCCACUCCCAUCAGCAGCACCCACACUAUCCACAGCAUCCACUGCCCCUGGAGGAAGUCAACAGUCGGGCACUGGAGAGGCAUAAGGCAUCACUCACAAUGGAGUACAGCAAGGAACACCCUCAGAGUAUGAGCAAGCCCCUCAGUGCCUGCUUGCACAAUGGCAAGAUGCAAAAUGGAGAUGCAGGAACUGCAGCAGGGGCUAAGGCCUCCAUGUCCAGUUGUGGAGGGGAGGGCACAGCACUUGGGGCUAUGGGAGGUGGGGGGAGCAGUCAGGGCAGACAUAUGGUGUCCAGUGGCAGUAGUCGCUGCACCAAAGAGGGUGUAAGUGGGGAGAUGAGGAUAAGUGAACAACCCUCAGACUGUCUCGAAAGGGGUCAGGCACCACUCCACCACUCUCUGUCCUACUCUGUACCCCCACCUUUACAUAUGGGUUCUGCUGCUGGAGGGACACAUCCCCACCCACAUCCUCAUGCUCAUGCUCAUCCCCAUACACAUCCUCACCCAGGGGGCUUUCACUGCCUUCAGCUCCACCCUAGCCACCCACACCAUCCACAUCAUUCCCAUCAUACACACCACCACCCAGACUUUUUCUGUCCGCCCCCUCCUGCACCUCUAGCCAAUCCUGCCUCACACGAGAGGGGGCCAGCCAAUGCGGGGCGAGAACCUAAAGUCACAGGGCCUACAUUUGUGCCAUCUGUGGCAGACCUGGGGGACAAAUCCAGUGGGCCAUUCCAGCUUGGUAACCCUGAUUGCCAGGGUGUGGGCGGUGGAGGGGGAGGCAGCAAUACAAAGGAAAAAGUAAUAGAAAAGAACGGAGGCGGUGGACACCAUAGUAAUUGGCACAGAAAGCAGCAACAACAGCAACAGCAGCACCCAUACAGAAAGACAGAAAAGGCUCCAGAAUGGCUGCAGUCCCACCACCAACACAUUCAGCCCUCACAGCUUCCUCAACCUCCUCAACAACAGCCUCCACAUCCCCAACAGCAGCACCAGGUUGUACGAUCACGCAGUGCUGAGUGUAUUAACAGUGGUGUGGACAUGGAUGUGUUCAGACCCUCACUAUCCCAGGGGCCCAAGACUGGACACUCUGUCCCUCAUUCUGUCAACACUUCUCCUUACAGAGACUGUUCCCAUCCAGGACCCCCACCUAACUCCUCUCCACUUGGAAGUAAAAGCAUGGGUCAACAUAGUGGGGCUGGAGCCGCUCAUGGCCCUGGUCCUGGAGGUAUCUGCUCCUUACAGAGAGAUGGCCAAAAGGUAGCCAGAAUUCGCCACCAGCAGCAUGGCAGACCUGGCCCAGAUGCUGCUUCUCCAGCUGAGCUGAACCAGGCGACUAGUCAGGAGAUGAAAAGAAAGAUGGACAUGUCCACUUAUGGUUACAGUAACAACAGUGGGCAGCAGCACCACCACCAGCAGCCCCCGGUGCCACCCUGGGCCAUGAGGCCACCUCACCACAUGUCACAACCAGAGGAGGAACAGAGGAAGUCCUACAUGGAGUUAGGGGCCAGUGGUGGGCAACAUUCCCAACAGCAGCAACAACAGGGAAUUAACCUGCCUCCUCCUCAGCCUCCCCCUGCACCUCCCCUCAGUCAGCAACAGCAGCAGCCUCAGCAGCAACCUGAGCCCCAGGGCCCAACUCAGGGGGAGAGCAGUGCCAUGAAAAGCUUACUUAAGUACAGCAACCAGCAACAGCCACUGCUCCUCUCCCAGAAAAGUCCUUUCGGGGGGCUGGGAAGCCUCAAAUCAGGUCCUGCUGGGGGGAGCUGUGCCCUACAGGGUAACAAACAGACUCUACCUUCCAGGAAGGGCCCAGCCAAUGACAACGAGCGCCCUGAUUAUAAUGGGCGAGGCCGGGAUAUUGGGGAAGCUGGUCAUGGGGAAAGUGAGGUACGACAGCCACCAGUGGGAAUUGCAGUGGCGGUGGCCAGGCAAAGGGAGCCAACUUGUCGUUCAGCAGACAGUCAUCCCAACAGCCGACAGGGAAGGGUACAUCCCUCUGUGAAAGGACCACCACGCUCCAUGUAUCCUUCAGAUCCUUCCACCGAAGAGGAAAGGAAAAGGAUGAGUGGGGAACAGAUAAGUCUGACUUGUUUGGACAGAGAGAGAGAAGCAUAUAUCAGGGAUAACAAGGAAAGGGUGGAGUUUGCAAGGAUCCACCCCUCCAACAGCUGUCAUGGGGACCUCACCUCUCAUCUCAUGGUCCCAGGCGGGACUUCCCUCCAGUCUGGCCAAUUAGGAGAUCCUGCUGCACAUUCUGCUCACCAUCAUUGGAUGCCAAGAACUGGAAGCCCAUCCCUCUGGAUGACAGGACACUCUUAUGCAGGUAUAGGCCAUACAGCUCUGCACCAGAAUCUGCCGCCGGGUUUUUCUGCAGCCAUGUCAGGCCCUCUACAGCCAGUCCUGCCUCUGCCUCAGGACCCCUCUGCUCAACUGGUGGUCCUGCCCACUGACUCUCCUGCCCAUCCUGCAACCCAUCACCUGGAUGUUAUGGAACAGCCAGGGCUUUGGCCCCCUGUGUAUGGUGCCCGGGGCCCACCCUCCCACAUGCAACAUCCUGCUGUGUACUCCCGAUCCCAGUUUCUACGGCAACAGGAGCUGUAUGCUCUCCAGCAGCAUCAACAGCUCCAGCAUCAGCAUCAACAUCAGCACCAGAGCCACCAGUCACAGCAAACACAACCACAGUCCCAAUCGCAGCAGCAGCAGCAGCAGCAGCAGCAUAGAGCUGGACAUGGCAUGGACACGCAACAUCAAACCACUCACAAUGCACAGAUGCAGAAGAGACCAGAUGUGGCCUCAGUUGAACUGGAGGAACUUAUUUCAGAACCCAGGACGUCUAAACCUGCCAAGCCCUACUCUUACAACCCGACUCAGAGGAACACCUCUCCCCCUGGGGCCUGCACUGCUCACCUGUCCCCUUGCUGUCAGUCCCCGUCACUGCGACCAGAUCCAAAAAGCACUCCUUCUACACCUUGCCCUGCUCCUAGCCCUGCUGUUACAGCCCCUCACUCGCCUGCCAUCAGUCCAGCCCCACCUCAGAUGCCCAAGGGGGCAGAAUCCCUGGACAAGAGAGGAGAAGGGCAACCCCCACAGGACUACCCAGAGUCUUUGGAGCCGGACUUGCCUCCUGGGUACACCUACCCUGCUAUUGCAAUUGGCUACAGGAGCGGGCCCUCCCCUCAGGAUGUUCAACUGGCUGAGCCAGCUGACCUGGAAGCAGUCCAAGUUGAACCUGCUGAGCAUGCUCCCCAGUCUCUCUCCAGCCUAGGGGAGGAGCUAGACUGCCAAGCAGUAGUCAGACCCCUCCCAGAGACACUCCCACACAAGGAAGGGGAGCAGGAAGAGGAGGAAACAGUGGUUGAGAGAGUCCUGGAACAGAGGGAGGAUGUGAAGGUUGCAGUGGUGACAGCAGCCAACUAUGUGCCUGGAGAGAAGGAGGUGGAGGAGCAGGGGCCCGCUGAGGAAGAGGUGCUGGUUUGCCCCCCUGCCGACAGCCCUGUGUGCGAGGCUGCUUCCUGUCCAGUUCCCCUCUCAACAGAGGAACCUGAAAGGCCAGAGGCUGUCAUCACCUUGGAAGAGGAAGAAGAUGAUGAGGCAGCGGGUGAGGAGAGCCAGGUGGAGCAUGCUCAAAAGGUCAACAUGCCUGGAGAGCAGCAGCCAGAGCUGGCCACCAUCAUUGAGCUUGACCCUGCUUCCACUGCAGCCCCUGAAGUGCAGUCCUCAGCCCCUGAAGAAGCAAAUGACCAUGAGGAGCAGCACGGGAACAAGACAACCCCCGUGGACACCUCAGUGGAUUUGUUGUGUCUUUCCCCUGCCUCAGCUUGCACCCCUAGUCCAAACCAGGCAACUGUCACCUUGCCCCACAAACCUCUUGUGCCCUGCUACUGGAGUCUGGAGCUUCUGAUUGCUGCUGCCUUCUGUACAGAUGUACCCCCAUUUCCGUUGUUCCCUUUCAGUACGCCUUCAGUUGCCCCGUCACAGCCCAACCCCCACCAGGGUAUGGAGCUUCUGAGUGAGCUGGCAGAUCUGGAGCUGCAACAGCAAAGGCACACCUGUGGAAAAAGCCAGGAAGAGGAGUUGCUGAUGUUUGACCUCCAGAGCCUUGCUACCCUGGCCACAGCCCGAGCACUGGAGAUGGGCUCCCAGGAAGCCAGCAGUACGGGUUCGGGCCGGCACUUCCCAGCCCGCAGAAUCCUCAAUUUACGUAGGAAAUGUAGCUGGACACCUCGCAAUGAGCCAGUGUGCCCAGCUAAAGGUAGCAUGGAAACAAUGGAUGGUCCGGAGCUUGCAAUGCGUGUGAAAUUGGCUGAACUACAGCGUCGCUACAAAGAGAAGCAGAGGGAGCUGGCCAAGCUUCAGAGGAAACAUGAUCAUCAGAAGGAGGAAACACCUCGCAGCCCAGCACGACGAGGACCGGGGCGGCCAAGGAAGAGGAAACCCACCCUCACUAUGGGUCCAGUGUCCUCAUCUGAGAGCCAAAGAAAAGUCAAGUCUAUGGGGGCAGGCCAUUCCCUGACACCUGAGGACCUAGGAGGGGGUGGAGACAGCCAGAGAAGGAAGAAGAGGCUGUCCAGUCGAGGUUUUGAGCGACUCAGCAGCACACAGCAGAUAAAAGCGCAGGGCUGCAGAAAAAGCAGUCUUCACAGUGUGCUCAGCUCCAAGCUGGCCGGUGAUGUGGCUCAGCUCAAACAGAAGGCCCAGGCUAAAAAGAAUUUCUCAGGGAUGGGCUCCAGGGACAAGGAGGUUUCGCCUUGCAACUCCAACCACAAGCAUGGACACAGAAGCCAGGGCACCAGUAAAGCUGAGUUCAGGCGAGAGUCAGGGGGACAAAGUGACACAGCAGCCAGUGUGGACAGUGGCCCCCAGGAGAGCUGGACUGGACUGUUGCGACGUGGACGUAAAAAGGGAAGCACCACCUUGACACAGGGUUCCUCUCGUCUGAGCCAGCCUAGAUCGAGGGCUCUUCGUGGCCAGAGACAAGAGGCAAUGGAGGUGGGAGAAAGCUCCCCUCCAGAGAGUGACUCCUCUGAUCAAGAAGAUGAAGAAGAGGAAGGCAGUUAUGACACUGAUGAAGGUCAAGACUUCAGAGUCCAACCCCCCAGAGAUGUUACUUCUAGCUCCUCUGUGACAGGUCCGAGUCCCUCAUCUGUUGUAAAACUAGAGGCCAAUCAGAAAGCGAGGAACAAAAAACAGAGACAGGAGCUUUAUGGCUCUCAGAGUCUGUCUCGAGCAGAGGGGGAGGUCAAAGUGAGAAAGAAGCCCCCCUGUAGGCUGAGCCUGGCCACUGCAGUCAAAACCCACCAUGAAGAUCACCGCCCUGAGGGGGUUAGGAGGCCAUGUGGACCACGGUCCAAGGAGCCUCGGUGGGGAAGCCAUGGGACCAGAGGCAACCGCUACCGGAGGAGCAUGGGACUGGCCACCUUUCCAACCACCAGUGAGAGGCUAAAGAGGGCGACGCGCAAGAGCACUGUGCUGAGAGGAGCAAUCAAUAAGCGGAGAAAUUGCUGGUCUGUCCAGUCCCCUUCUCCAAACAGUGAGGAGGGUUGCAGAGGCCGAAGGGGCAGGGACCAACAGCCAAAAGGACGAGCAGUAAGUCGGCUGCUAGAGAGUUUUGCAGCUGAUGAGGGCUUUCAGAUGGAUGGCAGCAGCUUCUCCGAAGAAGAGGAGGACAACAGCUGUUCGUCCAGCAAAAGUCUUGAAGCUCCUAAUUGUGUCCUAACCAAAGAACUCUUAACUGACGGACUGAAGGUGCUGAUCUCAAAGGAGGAUGAGCUUCUAUAUGCUGCCAGGAUCCACACUCUGGAGCUUCCAGACAUCUUUAGCAUUGUUAUUGAUGGUGAAAGAGGAAACCGCCCAAAAAUCUAUUCAUUGGAUCAACUGCUACAGGAAGCUGUCCUGGAUGUACGUCCAGAGUCAGAGGCUAUGCUCACUGAAGGAACCAGGGUGUGUGCUUACUGGAGCGAACGUUCACGCUGCUUAUACCCUGGCUAUGUUCGCAGAGGUGGUUCGUCUGAUGAGGGGAAGCAAGGAGGAGUGAUGGUAGAAUUUGAUGAUGGAGACAGAGGAAAGAUAUCUCUUCCAAACAUUCGCCUCCUGCCACCAGGAUACCAGAUUCGCUGUGGGGAGUCACCCCCUGCCCUGCUAGUACCUAGUGGGACAACAGCCAAGAGAAAUUCCAGUCUGGAGCAGGCCCCCAUCAGUGACAGACCCUCUGACAGACACAACACUAUCAAUACUGUAACCAACAACCAACCUCUUACACUUCAUAAAAGAAGACCAGGGAGACCAAAGGGUUCUGGGAAAAAACAAAAGCAACAGCAAGCUGAGAAUGCCAAUAAAAAUGCUUCACUUUUCUUGGGUUGGCCUUCGUUGGCCAACACCAGGAAGCGGACAUCCGACAAUCCAUUUCAACUCAAUGGGACACCCAGGAAGGCCAUGAGAGGGAAGGAAGAUGACCUUUUCCCCUUGCCUCAGAUCCAGCCACUGGCCUCCACCCCAGCCAAAGGGCUUUUUAGCAGCAGCUCUUUCGAGGUGGACUCCUUCAGCAGCAUUGCAAAUGGCUACUCCUCCUUCUGUACUCAGUCCACAGGACCAGGUCCUGGUUUAUCUCUGGGCCCUAGAAGUGGGCUCUAUGGCCAUAGGCGCAGGCAAGAUGACCUGGUAAUGCCAAGGGGCAGGAAGUCUGGACAAGAGUUCCUGGUCAAGUUGGAUCAUGAAGGUGUGACCUCCCCCAAGACAAAGAACAGCAAGGCUCUACUUUUGCGAGGUGGAUCUUCCAGUGUGAGUGGUAUACCCAGGACAGAGGCUUACUCACAUCCAGUCCUGCUGGUUAAAGACAACAAAAAGGGUGGUGCCUCCAGGGUAGAACUACUCCUAAAAGGAACAACACCCCAAAGAAAACCCUCUGCUUCUCUGCGUCUGGGGGAAUAUGGAGACAUGGGCUUCAGCUCCCACCGGGAGUGUCACAGUUCCUACUCUGAUCUGGAUGAUGAAGAGGAGGAAGAAGAAGAGAGGAGGAGGGCUGCACUGGCUGCAGCCUCAGGAGGACUAAGGACAGCUGGCCGUUUCCUCUCUCGUCUCUCUGUCUCCUCCUCCUCCUCUGGUUCUUCCAGCUCCUCCUCUUCUGGCUCUCUCUCCAGUUCCAGCCUAUGUUCCUCUGACAAUGACUCCUCGUACAGCUCAGAGGAUGAGGAAAGUUCUACUCUGAUGCUGCAGAGUUGUCUGUCUUCCCACCGGGGGCUCCUGCAACCCACGGAACCCUCCACUUCUUCAAGGUCGCACCAGCACUCCUUUGUGGCUAAAGCUGUGGCUGUUUCCAAUAGCAAAGGAGUCCUCCCUGAACACAUCUCCAGCAGCAAGUCCCUGAAGAGGAAAGAAUGCAGCAGUUCCACCUCUAAACCAUCUAAGGAUUCUGUGAAGAAACCUAGGAUGCUUCCUGAUGACACUCCAUUUUUUCCUAGGCCCAAGAUGUCUGCUUUCCUUGCAGGACGACAAAGUUGGAGGUGGUCAGGAAACCCUACACAGAGGCGAGGUCUAAAGGGCAAGGCCAGGAAGCUUUUCUACAAGUCCAUUGUGCAAGGCAGAGACACAGUGAAAGUGGGAGACUGUGCUGUGUUCCUCUCAGCUGGACGCCCUAACCUCCCAUAUGUAGGUCGAAUUGAGAAUUUCUGGGAAUCCUGGACCUCCAGCAUGGUGGUCAAAGUCAAGUGGUUCUACCACCCUGAAGAGACCAAGCUAGGCAAAAGGCAUCGAGAUGGCAAGCAUGCUCUGUACCAGUCCUGUCAUGAGGAUGAGAAUGACGUCCAGACAAUCUCUCAUAAGUGUCAGGUGGUGAGCAGGGAGGAGUAUGAGUGUCUGACUCGCAAUCAGAAGCCGAACAGUACCUCCCCAGACCUCUACUACCUGGCUGGGACGUAUGACCCCACCACUGGUCAGCUGGUUACUGCUGAAGGGGUUUCCAUCCUUUGCUGAACCUCCAUAAGGACACUACUGAAAUAUUCCUCUGGAGGAAGGCUCAAAGUCCAAUACUUUACCUUCAACACCCUCCAGCCAUGUGAGACGACGUGUUCCUUGGUGUCAAGGACCAGCAACAAAACAGGGCUGUCUGGGGUUACACACUGGAGUCUAUGGGUGUCUAACCUUCGUGGAAGUGAAGGGGAUGUCCAUAUCUAGUUGAUCGUUUCAAGGAGAAUGAUAGAAG